CCCACUUACACUUGAACUCAAGUGCCGGUGUACAUUGUCUAUACCGCGUAGAAAAACACUCUUGACGCACUGGAAGCAUUUCAAGCUUUCGUUAGCUGAGCUACCUUAGACGGGAUGCCACUUUUCCUGUAACGGCUACCUUGAGGAACGUGCCUAGUUACCGGACACAAGGUACCGUCCAAUACCUUGAUGUACGGUCCAAGGGACCUUGGACGGCCGGAUCAACAUUGGAAGAUGCGGUGAGCUUGGGCGAACCAAAGCUGCAGCAACCCUUACCACGUUCCGAUUAGGUGUUUUUCCCUUUCCUCCAACCACCCCUCCAAUGCACAACCUCUAACUUCUCCCAUUCUUUUAUUCCCGGGGGCUGCUUUUUUCUUACAAGAACUCAAAUUCGUUCGUUCCAUUGGUAUUGCAGCACCUGCUCCAGCCAUUCCUCGUCCCAAGCUCUUUUCUGAGUUUUGCCGCUUUGCACAUCCGACAGUCAAAACCCAAUUGCAACGUCACAAGACGGUCGUGUCGGAGCCGCGAGCGCAAGCGCAAUGGCUACCUCCGCGGAGACGGCUUCCGGUGGGAAGCCAAAGAGGACGAGGGAGUACCCGCUCAUGUCGCGCCGCCAGAUUGAAGAUUUGAUCGCACAGGGCAGAGUUGUCACAAUAGUUGACGAUUUCGUCGUCAAGCUGGACGGGUGGCUGGCAUACCACCCUGGCGGCGACAAGGCUAUCCAGCACAUGGUCGGUCGAGAUGCCACCGACGAGGUCACCGUACUGCAUUCCCCAGAAGCCAAGGCGCAGAUGGCUCGGUAUCGAAUCGGCAGAAUCGAGGGCCACUGGAGGAACUUUGUCCCACCCAUUCAGGGAGGCAAGUUCAGGACGAUCGAGCAGGGCGGUCCCGAGUUCGACCAUGCCGAGGACGACGACGCAUUGCGCUUCUUUGGCGUCUCGUCUCCCAGCGACGUCAGCUCACGAGAAGCCUCGCCCGUAUUCGACACCACUGAGAACCACGUCCGUCACAGAAACGGCGCCGUGGCGAGCCCGAACUCAGCCUCUGGCUCUUCGGCCACGUCGGUCAUUGACGAUGGUCACGACGACAAGGAGAUGGACGGCACUGCUUUCCUCGACUCGGAGACGCGGAAACAGAUCCGUCUCGACCUCGACAAGUACCCUGCCCUGGACGACGAGACGCAGUCAGACAUUGUGCGAAAGUACAGGCUCCUUGACAAGCGCAUCAAGGCCGAAGGGCUUUAUGACUGCGACUAUCGUGCCUACGCCAUUGAAGUAUCACGGUAUACGCUUCUCUUCGUCGGUAUGCUGACGUUUCUGCGAUGGGGCUGGUACUUCCCAAGUGCAGCUUGUCUAGGCUGCUUCUGGCACCAGCUCGUCUUCACCGCUCACGACGCCGGGCACAUGGGCAUCACUCACAACUUUCACGUCGACACGUGUAUUGGCAUCUUCAUCGCUGACUUCAUGGGCGGUUUGUCCAUUGGAUGGUGGAAGCGGAACCACAACGUCCACCACAUCGUCACGAAUUCUCCCGAGCAUGACCCUGAUAUCGAGCACUUGCCCUUCUUCGCCAUCUCCCAUCGCUUCCUUGGUAACUUGACGUCGACCUACUACGAGCGUGUGAUGGAAUACGAUUUUGCGGCCAAGCUGUUCAUGAAGGCGCAGUCGUAUCUCUACUACCCAAUCAUGCUCUUUGGCCGCUUCAACCUGUACAGACUCUCGUGGGACCACCUCAUCAUGGGCCGCGGUCCCAAGAAGGGCAUCGCCUGGUGGCACCGCUGGCUCGAGGUGGCUGGCCAGGUUUUCUUCUGGGCCUGGUUCGGCUACGGUAUCGUGUACAAGUCCAUUCCCACCAACUGGGACCGCUUCGUCUUCGUAAUCAUCAGCCACAUGUUCCAGGCCCCGCUGCACGUCCAGAUCACGCUCUCUCACUUCGCCAUGAGCACCGCAGACUUGGGACCCCACGAGUCGUUCCCGCAAAAGAUGCUGCGGACGACCAUGGACGUCGACUGCCCGACCUGGCUCGAUUUCUUCCACGGCGGCUUGCAGUUCCAGGUCGUCCACCACAUGUACCCGCGCAUCCCACGCCACAAUCUGCGCAAGACCCAGCGGCUCGUGCAGGACUUUUGCAACGACGUGGGCAUCCCGUACGCCCUCUACGGGUUUGUGGACGGUAACAAGGACGUGAUCGGUCGGCUGGCCGAGGUGUCCCGGCAGGCUGCCAUCUUGGCAAAAUGCCAAAAGGUCGCGGCUGAUCACAUCCAGAGCGGCCAUGGUCACUGAUGGCAUCCGGUUGGCCGUUUCGGUCUUGUUUCUGAAUCUCAAAAAAGCUGGUCUCAUGUUCGUCAUCUGGCUGCAUAAUGUACUUCUCCAUAUAGAUACCUCUCUCUCUCGCCUUGGGGACAGGAAGCCAAUGACCCUAUUCGCGACCAGGGGGUGGUAAGGAGGAUGAUGUGAGAAGAGGAGACAUGCAUACCAACCAUGUGGUAUGUGGCGCUCAAGCCAAGAUUAGCUAUAGUAUCUGGAAGAAUCGAUCUGAUAUGACAUGGAAAUCUGUGUUCGAACGAAGGGGCAUGCAUACGGUGUGACAAACUUAUGCGGCAGACCGCAUGAUCGGGUUGCCCGAUCUGUACUUCUUCGCCCGACCUUUCUUGAGCCGCUGCUCUACCACCCCUGGAGACUAUGUGACUACUUCCGAGGUUUUGGCUGUGCCACUAUCAACCAUCGCCCUCUGACAUGGUUUGUACCGUUUCUUAUUCCACCUUGUACGCGAGGAAAGGGCGGGUAAGAAAAGAGGAGAAAGGAGAGUGUGAAAGAGACAAGGGGGACUUGUUACCAGCAACUUACUACCAUACCCAAGACCUUCAACCGGCGUGGGAUUCUCUCCUCGCUCCCCGGUUUCCCCACGGGCCAAUGAACGUUGAAAUAGAACGGUGCAACGACAGGCAUGCAGACAACCUACGUGUCGGAAUACGGAGUGACGGAACGAUCUAGAAGCGCGAUCGCAGGGUUUCAACGAGCCAUGCUGCGAGACACGAGGGAAAGAGAUGUUGACUGCCUCUCAUACUUGCCGGCUUUUUCCACGAGGUACAUGGCAUGCAUGGCAUGCGCCCCAGCAGUACCUCGAUGGGAGCUUUGGACCUUUUCUUGACCACCUCUCGUCUGAUGCAUACCCCUCCACCCAGCCGUGGCACGCAUGGAAACGCCUCUUUUCCCGAUCCAUGGUUCACGUUCCCGAUCGGAUAUUCUGGCCCGGGAUCAUGCACGAUCUGGGAAUCGAUGAGGCUGCUGGCCGUGAGACCCCAGACCAUAUCGGAACGUAACCCGGUUCAAGCCACUUAAGCUAGGUUUCAACAACUCCUUGUGAGAGAGAAGGGAGAGGGGGCAAUCGAUAGAAGAUGGAACGGUCCCGGGAGACAACAUGAAAGCUGGGGUGUCCGAAUCCAAAAAAGUACAGAAACACCACGUAACAUUGGAAUAAGCAAUAACGCCAAGCGGUGGACACCCCUCUAGCUCUACACCGAUCCGGACAGACGGGAAAAUCCCUUGAUUCAACCUCCGUUUUCUUUUGACGAGGUUCCAGCGCCAUGGCAAGUGAACGCGCUAAACCUCUCAGACCGUGGGGACACGAACGCCUUGUUUAGACUGUCGUCCCUCUAUCAGCGAGCAGACUGCGGUCUCUUCCUUCGGCGCUGUUCUCCUCAAAACAUAUCAGUAACGAUGGAACAAAAAUGGGCAGAAUAGAGCCUGGUUCGAGAUACUAGAAGAGCCUUCAUAGCAAGUCGAUGAGGGGGUUAAUAGGAAAAAGCAAAAAAAGGAGCAUGUGCCACAAGUGGUGAUAACAGAAUAGUAAGCAGCG